AUGCCAAAGCUAUUUCGCCGAAUUUUUCUUUCGAAUCGGCCAAGCGGAUCCAGGGUAGCCGAUUUGGAAACGAGGUGGGAUCCAUACGUGACGCUAAGGAAACUGCAAAAAUACCAAAUAACGAAAACAGACGCUUGUCAUUAUGGGUUUCUUGGGACCGUUCUACUUUUCGUCUUUUUCGUGAAUCCAGCGCCUUGGCUUGCUAAGCUAGCUGUUUAUCUCCUUUUCGCAGUGCUAUUCGUGGUUCCAGUGACUUCUCAAUUCUUUUUCAAUGCUCUUCCAAUAUUCACUUGGUUGGCUCUGUAUUUCACGUCGUCAAGCUUUUCGGCAGAGCAAAGACCCCCAAUAACCGUCCAGGUGCUUCCAGCAAUUGAAACCAUUCUUUACGGAGACGACUUGAGCGAUAUUUUGGCCGCUUCUCUGAAUAAGCCAUUGGACUUUGUUGCAUGGAUCCCUUAUGGCCUCUUUCAUUUUGGCGCUCCAUUUGUCGUGGCUAUAAUUCUAUUUCUAUGUGGACCUCCAACCAUAUUGAGAGGUUAUGCUUUUGCUUUUGGGUAUAUGAAUUUAUUGGGAGUUAUCUCGCAGAAUUUAUUUCCGGCCGCUCCACCGUGGUAUAAGCUGAUAUAUGGCCUAAGUCCUGCUAACUAUUCCAUGAAAGGAUCUCCUGGAGGACUGGGCCGGAUUGAUGAGUAUCUGGGAAUAAAUUUAUACACAGACGGGUUUUCCAAUUCAGCUGUCAUAUUCGGAGCUCUUCCGUCACUUCAUUCCGGAUGCGCAACUAUGGAAGCGUUAUUCUUUUCAUAUGUGUUUCCAAAAUUGAUGCCACUUUUCAUUUUUUAUGUCUGUUGGCUGUGGUGGUCCACCAUGUAUCUAACGCAUCAUUACUUUGUCGAUCUAAUGGCCGGCUCAGUUCUUUCUUACGUUUUCUUCCAGUACACCAAGUGUUUCCACUUGCCGCUUCCGGAGCCAUCCGUGUAUUCUCGGUGGUCGUACGGCGAAUUGAGGAAAUUCAGUGUGUGGCAAACUGACCCAUUAAGCGCCAGUGCCAGCGAUAUUGAAAACAUCAUUGUUCCUGCUGUGGAAAACUCUGAAAUGGAACUGAACUUUCUCGACAAUAGUGAGACGCCAUCAAUAUUUGACCAUGAUAGAUCCGUGUCUCGUUCCUCGGCCACAUCGAAUAUCUCUCUAGAGGCACAAGAUGAUCUAGUUUCGUCGUCGAGGACUAACAAGCAGAGAAUAGACUGA